AAUCUGAUCUCCGACUCCUCCUCGGGUCCGAAGAGAGUAAUGUUGACAGGAGCCUGGUCUGUGUCAGCGUGUAUGAGAGCAAUACGCACCUGGCCGCUGGACUGAACUCCAAACAGGGACAACGAGGACUCCCAGGAGGGCAGAUGGUACACCCUGGAGUAGUUCCCCUGGGUGAAGAGAAACCUAGGUGGUCGCUCCCAGUUAGUACGGUGCGCACACGAGGCCAGAGUGAAGUUUGGUCAGCCCAGAGUGGAGUUGGAGGAGGAGGGGGAGGGGGAGGAGGAGGAGGAGGAGGCGGAAGAGGAGGGAGAGGUGGGAAGGGCAUGACAAGAAGAGGAACGAGGGAACAAAUCAGCAACAGUAGCAGCAGCAGUAGCAGUGUGGGUGGAGGUGGUAGUGGUGGAGGUGGUGGUGGUGGUGGUGGCGGUGGUGUCACAAGCACUGGGUGGAUGGUUCAGGCGGGUGGCGGUGGGGGAGGGCGGGCUGGGGCGGGUGACAGGAUGGCUCUGGUGUCAGCGCUGACCUCACCCGACACCCUGGAGGCUCUGGCACAGUUUGUGGCUCAGGAACUCUUGGAUGAUGCCAUUCUGAAUGUGGUGUUUGAGGUGCACCAGAGUGUGAAGACUGGACUGCUGGUGCUGGAGAUGGGCUCUCUGGAGGAAGACACCAAGUUCCUGCAGGUGAGUGCAGAGGGGCUAGAUGUAUUUGGUCAGGCCCCUGUCAAGAAACAGCAAGAGUGUGUUUGUCCCAGCUGUUCCAGGAAUUUGGCUGCCUCCAGGUUUGCUCCCCACCUUGAGAAGUGCAUGGGAAUGGGGCGGAAUUCCUCACGCAUUGCAUCACGUCGCAUUCAGAACAGCACAAAGGAAAACAGUGGAGGAGGCCCAGUGGGUGGUGGCGGGGCAGCGGCCAGCGACGAUGACGAGGACGAAGAUUGGUUAGUAGAUCGCAAGAGGAAGAAGAGAGAUAAGAACUCACCACGCCGAUCUAAGAAUGCUAAGCUGGCCAAGGCGGGCGAUGGAGUGUCCAGCAGUGGAAGCAACAGCAACAACAACAGCAACAGCGGGUCAGUGGAGAGCACCCUUGCCAGUGGAUCAGCAGAAGAGAAGCGAGCAAUGUUAAAACAGAUUUGUGGUGUGGUAUCAGAGCACACUCGCAAGAUGUGCACCAGAUCACUGCGGUGUCCUCAGCACAGCAGUGAACAGAGACAGGCUGUGAGGGACCAGGUUCUGAGUGGUGCAGACCCUACCACCACCACACGUGCUGCAGACUCCACCACAAUCACCACGCGGGGUCUUGGGGGUGAGGGGGAGGACAUACAGGUGGAUAUAGAUGGGCUGGAUGAGGGGCAGCUGGCUACGUCCUGGGAUAACGACCACUCUAACACCACGUCCCCAGCAGACUCCACUUCCACUAACAACUCCACGUCUUCCCUUGCACGACGCACCAAGACAAAGAAGAAGUCGUCGUCGUCAUCCAAGUCGUCUAAAUCAUCUUCCUCCAGCCACGGUUCCUUGCUAGAUUGAGUGUGUCUCUGUGCGUGUGUGUGUGUGUGUGUGUGUGUGUGUGUGUGUGUGUGUGAGGGAGAUUGUGUUUCUCAACUCAAGCUUCAGUGCAUGUGUGUGUUUAACUGUAGAGUGUGUUUCUCAGCUCAAGCUUCAGUGCAUGUGUGUGUGUGAAUGUAUAUGAAUCUCUAAAUUUAAGUUUGAGUGUAAGUUUGUGUCUGUGUGAGUGUGUUUGUUUGUGUGCAUAUGUGUAUGUAAUUCAAUUUGCAUCAUCUUCAUUAUCAUUACUAUUAUUAUUGCUAUUAUCUCAGCCUGGUGUAGAGAUAAAUAGAUAAUUACUAUUAUUAUUAGGUUAGUCAGGUGGGAAGGAUGAGGGAGAGAAGGAAGGGAAUCUCUUCUCCAUGGUGUAAGUUUAGUUACAAAUUGUCUUUCUCCUUUUGUAUUUGAUUAGUGAGAAUUUUUUAGGUUUUUGUUUGUUUUAGGGUAGAGAGAGAGAGAGAGAGAGAGAGUGAUGAAAAAUAAUGGUGAUUGUGUACAUGUGUAGCUUUUGUGCUGGGUGUCAUAAUGAGGCAAUGAAUCAUCUAGCUAAAAAAUUGACAGUAGAGUAAAAGAAAUAAAAAAAAAAUCAAAA